AUAUGUAUGUUAAGUUUAAUUCCUUUCCUCUAGAAACCUCUCUUGAUUCAAAACGGGAAAGAAAUCUACAAAAGAAACCACAGAGAAAUCUCUCUAUCUAUCUCUACAACUAAAAUCCACUGAUCAGCUUCUACUCCAUUAGCUGAUCAAUCAAUGAUCAUCAUCAUAUCAACAAAUCGAUCUCAAUUUUGUGUAAAUUGAAAGUAAAAAAGACGACGACGGACGAACAAGACACUGAUCAAUCAUCAAAAUCAAAUGCGUUCUAUUUUUUUUUACUUUCCGUUCAAAGGAAGACUGGUGCUUUGAUGGGAUGAUGGGACAUCAUAUUGCUAAGGUUUAUGGUGUUAUCAUAUACUACUAGUACGUCUUAUCUUGACCAUGGAAUCUCACCUGGGAAAUGGAGUAGGCAGUUCGAGAUCUGCCAAAAGUGUAAAGAACACUUCUAGUUCAGUUGAUUGGUUGAGUAGAGAUAUGCUUGAGAUGAAGAUAAGGGACAGGACAGAUGCUGAUGAGGAGAGAGACAGUGAACCAGAUAUCAUUGAUGGAGUUGGUGCAGAACCUGGCCAUGUGAUCAGAACUACACUCCGUGGACGAAAUGGUCAAUCAAGACAGACAGUCAGUUACAUAGCAGAGCACGUAGUCGGAACUGGUUCCUUUGGGAUGGUUUUUCAAGCUAAAUGCAGAGAAACUGGGGAGGUUGUUGCCAUCAAAAAGGUUUUACAAGACAAGCGGUACAAGAACAGGGAAUUACAAAUUAUGCAGAUGCUAGACCAUCCGAAUGUUGUUUGUUUAAAGCAUAGCUUUUAUUCAAGAACAGAUGAAGAGGUUUAUCUGAAUCUUGUCCUUGAAUUUGUUCCCGAGACUGUCAAUCGUACUGCCAGAAGCUAUAGUAGAAUGAAACAGCUGAUGCCAUUGAUUUAUGUCAAGCUGUACACUUAUCAGAUUUGCAGGGGGCUUGCUUACCUUCAUAAUUGUUGUGGUCUUUGUCACCGUGAUAUUAAGCCCCAAAACCUGCUAGUGAAUCCACACACACAUCAACUAAAAAUUUGUGACUUUGGGAGUGCGAAAGUGUUGGUGAAAGGAGAACCCAAUAUUUCUUACAUUUGUUCAAGAUAUUACCGUGCCCCCGAGCUCAUUUUUGGAGCCACUGAGUACACAACUGCAAUAGACAUAUGGUCCACAGGUUGUGUGAUGGCUGAACUGCUUCUUGGACAGCCUCUGUUUCCUGGCGAAAGUGGAGUAGAUCAACUUGUCGAAAUCAUAAAGGUUUUGGGUACGCCAACAAGGGAGGAGAUCAAAUGUAUGAAUCCAAACUACACAGAAUUUAAAUUCCCUCAGAUUAAACCUCAUCCUUGGCACAAGGUCUUCCAAAAACGUUUGCCACCUGAAGCAGUAGAUCUUCUUUGUAGGUUCUUCCAGUAUUCUCCUAAUUUGAGAUGCACAGCGGUGGAAGCUUGUAUCCACCCGUUCUUUGAUGAGCUAAGAGACCCAAACGCUCGUCUGCCAAACGGCCGGCCACUUCCUCCACUUUUCAAUUUUAAACCGCAAGAACUCUCUGGUAUCCCUCCUGAAACUUUGGAUCGGCUUGUCCCAGAACAUGCCCGUAAACAGAACCACUUCAUGGCAUUAGACUCGUAAGUCUCUUCCGGUUUUCUGUACGGCCUGUCGGGUGUUCUCUUCUUUCCUCUAAGCUCUCUAGAUCUCAGUCUUUGGGAAAAACCAGUAGAGAUCUCUUCUGUAAACAUAAAUCACUGGAAAAAAGAAGCAAUGACUUUGUUGUAUUAAGGUGCUUGCCCAUCCUUUUGUUGUGUCGAACAGGGGAUGCUUAAAAUACAACACUACUUUGCUAGAUAAUGUUGAUAUAGAGGAACAUACUUGCAUUUGCAAUA